CCGAAAUAGCGGUUCUAAAGCUCUGAGCAAAUAUUAAUGUUUAUAAAUAAAAUAUUGACUUUUCUUUCACAAUUUAUUUAUCCUAAAAAUGCCUCGGGAAAUGAUAACCCUUCAACUUGGACAAUGUGGAAACCAAAUUGGCUUUGAAUUCUGGAAAAAAUUGUGUGCUGAACAUGGAAUUAGUCCAGAAGGGGUAUUAGAAGAUUUUGCUACUGAAGGAACCGAUAGGAAAGAUGUAUUUUUCUAUCAGGCUGAUGAUGAACAUUACAUUCCUCGAGCAGUACUCUUGGAUUUAGAACCACGAGUCAUUCACACCAUCAUGAACUCACCAUAUGCAAAGCUAUAUAAUCCUGAAAAUAUCUACUUAUCAGAAUCUGGUGGUGGAGCUGGUAAUAAUUGGGCAGUUGGUUACUCUCAGGGUGAAAAGUUAUAUGAAGAUAUAUUUGAUAUAAUUGAUCGUGAAGCGGAUGGAAGUGAGAGUUUGGAAGGUUUUGUACUGUGCCAUUCUAUAGCUGGAGGAACAGGAUCUGGAAUGGGAUCAUAUAUUUUGGAACGCAUAAAUGAUAGGUUCCCAAAGAAGCUCAUUGAAACAUAUUCAGUAUUCCCAAAUCAAGAUGAAAUUAGCGAUGUAGUUGUUCAACCUUACAACUCUCUCUUGACCCUCAAAAGAUUAACACAGAACGCUGAUUGUGUGGUGGUGUUGGAUAAUACAGCGCUGAAUAGAAUAGCAGCCGAAAGACUUCACUUAUCUAACCCCAGUUUUUCUCAAAUAAAUACUUUAGUUUCUACUAUAAUGUCAGUCAGCACAGCUACACUACGCUAUCCUAGUUAUAUGAAUAAUGAUUUGAUAGGACUUAUUUCUCCUUUGAUUCCUAUGCCAAGACUGCACUUCUUGAUGACUGGUUACACACCCUUGACGACGGAUCAAGAAGCUACUAGCAUACGUAAAACUACUGUUCUAGAUGUCAUGCGACGACUCUUACAGCCAAAAAACAUGAUGGUGUCUACUGCAUGUGAUAGAAAUUCUCAUCAUUGUUACAUCAGCAUUUUAAAUAUUAUUCAGGGUGAAGUUGACCCGACACAGCUUCACAAAAGUUUAAUGAGAAUAAGAGAAAGAAAAUUAGCUCAGUUCAUACCUUGGGGACCUUCCAGUAUUCAAGUAGCUCUCUCCCGUAAAUCACCAUACAUUCAAACAGCACAUCGUGUAAGUGGACUCAUGUUGGCAAAUCACACAAGCAUUUCAUCACUGUUUGAAAGAACCCUAAGGCAGUACGAUAAACUACGGAAACGAGAAGCUUUUUUGGAACAAUUCAGGAAAGAAACCAUGUUUCAAGAGAGUCUUAGUGAAUUGGAUGAAUCAAGAGAAACUGUUCAGCAAUUAAUUGAUGAGUACGUGGCAGCUACAAAACCCGACUUCUUGACAUGGGGAAUGAAACAGGCUGAAGCUGGAAUUAUUUAGUGCCCUAAAAUCAAACAUGUACAGAUGUGAAUAUUUGUUCAAGGAGAAUCAACCAGUAAACUGAUCUUUAUGUGAAAUUGAUAUUUAUGUCAGUUUUGAAAUUUUAAUUUACUUAAUUACUAGUGCAGUAAGAAAUGCAAGCUUGUUCAACAAAUAAUGAUAUUUCUUGAAUUACAUAUACUAAUGCGUUUUUAUAACAGAAAACUUCUUAUUUAUUUGACAGAUUUACUCCUUGUAAUAACUAUUUUCUUUUUGAUGCAUUACAUUUUACUUUAAUGUCUAAUUUGCAUGUAAAGGUUUAUGUUAACUUUCUUGGCAAUUUUAGUAACAUGUUCAUGUGUAAAUUAAUAUCAUAAAUGUUUUGUAUAAGAAGUCAAACCAUUAAAAAAACUUUCAGACACAAUAUAAUGCCAGUGUCUUGCAUUAAAUACUAACAACUUCAAAAUGCAGGAAUUCCUGUUGCAUUUACUAUUUUGGAUACAUGUUAUUGCUCACUAGUGAAUGAGAAGUUUAAAAUUUUAUCUUCUCUUGUAAAUAAAAGUGUUAUUGAUUUAAAAAUGUUGCUGCAUCUUUUAUUGACCUACCUUAAAGAAUGUUUUAAAUUUUAAGCUUCUUAUGAGUAAUAUCUCUGUAAAAUAUAUUGUACAGAAUUCAUUUUGAAAAUAUAAUUUGCCACUUGGCAGAGCUGAAAUUUCAUCAUAAAUCAAGUUGGUUGUUUAAUAGUGAUAAGAUGAUUAAAUUCUGAAGAAAAAUCGAAUCAUUUAGAACAGUCGAACAUGACAUUAAAUUUUUAUUGGAAUAAAAUUGAAAGAUUUAUGUAAGAAUUUUAAACAUCUAAGCUAGACACUAACAAAAAUAAUUUUUGGCAAACUCCGUAAUUGUUUGAAAGUAGACAAUGCUGCAGUUUUGAUUAUAUGAAAUAGAAUAACCGUUGUAAUAAUUGGAAAAAAAAAAAAAAGCUUGUCAGAAAGAAAAAAAAAAUUGUUUUCAGAUAGAGCUACCUAAAAGUAGUUCACGCUAUCUCAAAAUGUGUUCCAGAAAAUUGCUUAAAAUUUUUGUCAUUUCAUUAGGUGGUGACACGAAAGGGAGAGUUCACCUGGUGAAGCCCACUAAUGGAGCACAAUAUUAUUUGCAAAAGUGAUUACUCUGUCCAAUAUUUUAGUAAUCAAUGCAGUAUUCUGAAUUGGUUAUUCCCAAAAUAGGGAAGAAUCUUUGUCCUUCAGCAUUCAAAAUAACAAGGCAGGCUUUGUGAAACUUUCUUCUAAACUUCAUAUUUGUUAUUUUUCUUCUUAUGAACCAAAAAAUUACUCUCUUUUCAAUUAAAAACACUUGGAAACACCAGAAUAAAUGUUUGAAAUGUCAUUAGCAUGGAUAUUUACAGCAGCUAUGUCUGUUUAAUGUAUAAAUUUUUGAAGUAUUAGAAUAAAAUAUCUUUGUAAAAAAAUACAUAAGUUUAAAACAAUAAUUCCUUUUUUUAAAUUAAUUAUAAUACAUGGCAAAAUAAUCAGUGUUUCUCCAUAUUUAAUUUUUACUUACAACUAGGCAACAGGCAGCCAUUUUACAAAGCUUCCAUUAGUGCAAAUAGAAGCAUCUGUAAUAUUUUGUUAAAUAUUAGAUGAGUACAUCAAUUCUAUAUCAUUAGAAUGAAUAGCGAUUAUCAUGAAAAUU